CUGUUUCCUCCGUGGAACUAUUUUACUUCGACGCUGCACUCCCCUCUCUCUCCAAUCUCCAUUGAUUCGUCACUGAAAUUUUCCAUUUCAUUUCAUUGAAGCAGCUCCUGAGCUUCCCUCUCCAAUUGAAACAGCUUCUUAUUGAUUUGCUAAGAGAAAAAAUUGUUGAUGGCAUUUGCAUCAGCAGCAUCAGUAGGACCAUUAGCUGCAGGAAAUGGCCUAAAAAUGGCGAAUUCUACAACAACGCAAGCGUAUCUUGAGAGCAAGCCGGUUCAAGAAGCAAAGGCCUUACUCACGGAACUCUGCCGUCAAUUCUAUCACCUUGGUUGGGUUGGUGGCACCGGUGGCAGCAUCACACUCAAAGUUCAUGAUGAUUCCAUCCCUAAACCCCAACAAAUCAUCAUUAUGUCUCCUUCUGGAGUCCAGAAGGAAAGGAUGCUUUCAGAGGAUAUGUAUGUCCUUUCCUCAGACGGGUCCACUGUAUCUGCACCAAGUCCAAAACCUUACCCUAACAAGCCACCUAAAUGUUCAGAUUGUGGUCCUCUUUUCAUGAAGGCAUACCAGAUGCGUAAUGCUGGAGCUGUCAUACAUAGCCAUGGGAUGGAAAGUUGUCUCGUAACGAUGAUGAAUCCAACAUCAAAUGAGUUCCGAAUCACUCACAUGGAAAUGAUCAAAGGUAUUCAAGGGCAUGGCUAUUAUGAUGAGCUUGUAGUUCCAAUCAUAGAAAAUUCAGCUCAUGAACGUGAUCUCACAGACGCUCUUGCAGCAGCUAUUGAAGCAUAUCCCAAAACUACUGCUGUCCUUGUUCGGAAUCAUGGCAUAUAUGUGUGGGGAGACUCCUGGAUAAGUGCAAAGACCCAGGCUGAAUGUUACCACUAUCUAUUUGAUGCUGCGAUCAAACUCAAUCAAAUGGGUCUGGACUGGUCUACUCCCACCCAUGGUCCUAUUAAGAGGAUUCAAGCAGAUUUCAGAAGUGGUGAAAGAGCUGUAUCUGCUAAGGCUGGGACUUCUGGAUUGAACCCUGGGGAGCCAAAACCACGCUGCAUUGUUCUCGACAUUGAAGGAACCACAACCCCAAUAUCUUUUGUUACCGACGUUCUUUUCCCAUAUGCUCGUGAUAAUGUUGGAAGACAUUUGAGCUCUACAUAUGAUUCUCCAGAAACUCAAGAUGAUAUUAAGCUACUGCGUGGUCAAGUUGAAGAAGAUCUUAAAGCUGGCGUUGUUGGUGCUGUUCCAAUCCCUUCUGAUGAUGAGGGUAAAGAGGAGGUUAUUGCUGCUUUGGUUGCCAACGUUGGGGGUAUGAUCAAAGCUGACAGGAAAAUUACUGCAUUAAAGCAGCUGCAGGGUCACAUAUGGAGAACUGGAUUCCAGAAUAAUGAACUUGAGGGUGUAGUCUUUGAGGAUGUACCAGAAGCUCUUGAAAGGUGGCACUCUUCAGGCAUAAAGGUUUAUAUCUAUUCCAGUGGCAGCAGGCUCGCGCAAAGGCUUAUAUUUGGAAACACCAAAUAUGGAGAUCUUAGGAAAUAUCUAUGUGGAUUUUUUGAUACCGCAGUUGGGAACAAGAGAGAGACGCAAAGUUAUGUUGAGAUCUUCAACUCAAUGGGGGUUGAUGAUCCAUCAGAGAUCUUAUUUGUAACAGAUGUCUAUCAGGAAGCCACAGCAGCAAAGGAAGCCGGUCUUGAAGUUUUAAUUUCAGUGCGGCCUGGAAAUGGACCUCUUCCAGAGAAUCAUGGAUUCAAGACAGUGAAUUCAUUUUCAGAAAUAUAAUACUUCUUCUGUAAUUUAGCUUCUGUAAUCUUUCUAUGACUUGCAAUAAUAUACUUCUAAUUUCAAAAGUAUCAAUAUUCAAUAAGAUGUAUAUUUGAAAUAAUUGGAAAGGUAAAUCGGAAACUGGUUUAAGCAGUUUUUUUUUUUUGGAAUGAACCUCGAAAGUUUAAAGGACAAGGUAUUUUACACACCAAUCUGUUAAAGAAUAUGGAGUAUUUGCUUUGCUUCUGAAUUCAGAAUAAUAAGAGAAUUCAUCAGCCAUAUUCAUAUCU